AUGUUCCCCCUGCCGAUGUUCACACCGGACCAGGUGGCUCGGGUUUGCGAGAACUUGGAGGAGACCGGGGACAUAGAGCGCCUCGGCCGGUUCCUCUGGUCCCUGCCCGCCGCUGUCCCCGGCUCCGCCGGGGAAGCGCUGAACCGACACGAGUCCGUGAUGCGAGCGAGAGCGCUCGUCGCCUUCCACGGGGGAAAUUUUGAGGCUCUUUACCAGAUCCUCCAGAGCCACCGGUUUACGCGCGAGUCGCACGCCAAACUCCAGGACCUGUGGCUGGACGCGCACUACCGGGAGGCAGAGAGGCUCCGCGGGCGGCCGCUGGGCCCGGUGGAGAAGUACCGGAUCCGCAAGAAGUUCCCUCUGCCCCGCACCAUCUGGGACGGCGAGCAGAAAACGCACUGCUUUAAGGAAAGAACUCGCAGUUUGCUGAGAGAGUGGUACCUGCAAGAUCCCUACCCCAACCCAUCCAGGAAACGGCAUUUGGCCCAGGCCACUGGACUCACGCCCACACAGGUCGGCAACUGGUUCAAGAACCGUCGUCAAAGAGACCGUGCCGCAUCCGCAAAGAACAGACUGCAGCAGGAUUCUUCCCUCCUGCCCUCUGAAAGCUGCCCCGAUGGGUCCCUUCAGGAGCGCCGCCAACACCCCCACUUGCUGCCUGCCUCCCCUCGCCACCUGGGCAGCCCAGAGGCCAGCGACUGUAGCACAGAGACAGAGCGCAGAGGAACCGGAGCCUCAACUCCAGAGAUCUCCGUCAGCAGCGACAGCGAGUUCGAGUCUUGA